CUACGAUCAUUUCUCAUUGCAGCGUUACACGAGAAGCUACUGCACUGUGUUGUUGCUUUCUGUAUCAAGUAUAAUACGACCGGCGUCUAAGUGCAUACAGUUGUAGUUCAUGAAGCCGUCUAACGUAUCUACUUUUAUUUGUUCUAAUCAUUAUUAGUGAGUGUAUAGUCACUUAAACGAUUGGCGAAACUUGUAGGUCUUCAGAUUUCAAUUGAUUGUUAUCCAAGAUAUACACUGCAUCCUCUUCGUUGUGCAAGUUCGACGAGGGAUUCCGAUUCGAGUUAUUAGAAUUGUGGCGCAGUCAGUAUCGAACAACGGUUGGUGAAGUAAGCAAGGAAAAAUGACAGUGAAUCAUAUUCUCUGGUUUCGGCAUGGGCUCAGAUUACAUGAUAAUCCAGCUUUGCUUGAAGCCCUGCGCUCUGAUUGUGGUGAUGUGACCGAACCGGUUCGGAUAUUCCCGAUUUUCAUUUUCGAUGGCGAAAGUGCAGGCACGAAACUUGUCGGGUAUAACCGCAUGAAAUUUUUAUUGAAGUCUUUGGCCGAUUUGGAUCGCCAGUUGCGAGAAAUUGGAGGUCAGUUGUUCAUGUUCCGAGGUAAUGCUGUGAACGUGAUGCGACGGUUGUUUGAAGAGCUGAGCAUUCGAAAGCUCUGCUUUGAACAGGACUGCGAGCCUAUCUGGAAAGAUAGAGAUGAAAAAAUCUUGAACCUUUGCAAUACGAUGGACGUUCGAUGCAUAGAGAAAGUAUCCCAUACACUUUGGGAUCCAGAGCAAAUCAUCAAAGUUAACGGUGGCAUUCCACCGCUUACGUAUCAAAUGUUCUUGCAUACGGUUAAUAUAAUUGGUAAACCACCUCGGCCUGUCUCGGCUCCUAGUUUUGAGUUUUCCGAAUUUGGCAAGAUACCGGCAAUUUUGGCUACCGAGCUCAAGUUAUUUGCCGCGAACCCUAGUCCAGAAGACUUUGGUAUUUACUAUGAGGGGAAUCCGGAAAUCUUGCAUCAAAGAUGGUUGGGCGGUGAAACCAAAGCUCUCGAGUCUCUCAGUCGCCGAUUAAACCAGGAGGAAGAAGCGUUCCGCGAUGGAUACUAUUUACCUAACCAGGCUAAACCAGAGUUUGUGGGGCCAGCAACCUCACUGAGUGCAGCAUUACGCUUCGGGUGCUUAUCAGUACGAAUGUUUUACUGGUGCGUACAUGACCUGUUCGAAAAGGUGCAGGCCAACAGCACGUACAAAUAUCCUGGAGGGCAUCAUAUAACCGGACAACUAAUCUGGCGUGAGUACUUCUACACCAUGUCGAUGAAUAACCCAAAAUAUGCCGAAAUGGAGGCGAAUCCAAUUUGUCUCAAUAUUCCAUGGUAUGAGCCGAAAGACGAUUCAUUGCAACGCUGGAAGGAAGGUCGAACUGGAUAUCCGAUGAUUGAUGCCGCCAUGCGACAGCUAUUAGCCGAAGGUUGGCUGCAUCACAUAUUGAGAAAUAUAACAGCAACGCAAGUAUUUUUGGAGUUUCUAACACGUGGGGCAUUGUGGAUUAGCUGGGAAGCUGGAUUUGAAUACUUCCUGAAACACCUACUAGAUGCCGACUGGUCCGUAUGUGCUGGUAACUGGAUGUGGGUUUCCUCAUCAGCUUUUGAGAAACUGCUCGACUCAUCUUCGUGCACCUCCCCUGUAGUGUUGGCCCGCCGGUUGGAUCCAAAAGGCGAGUAUGUAAAGCGCUACCUGCCAGAGCUCAAGAAAUUUCCCACUAUUUACGUUCAUGAACCAUGGAAAGCUCCUUUAGAAGUACAACAAGAAUGUGACUGCCUUAUUGGCACAGAUUACCCAUCGCCAAUGAUCGAUCUAGCAGAAGCUGGCAAACGUAAUGCCAACACCAUGAAAUCUAUUCGUCAAAAGUUAAUGGAGCGUGGAUCAACACCUCCUCACUGUCGUCCAUCAAAUAUGGAUGAAAUACGAAAUUUUUUCUGGUUACCAGAGGAUGUAGCCGCGGACUGCUAAGUCAACAAUCAACAUUCAUUGCUUGAGAAAAGCACGACCGAAGAAAAGAAAAUGACAAAGUAGUUAAAAUAGGAAUAAUCUACAUGUUUAGUACAGCUUUCUUUUCAAAAACAACUCAUUUAUGCGGAGAAUGUAUUACACAAGUGAUAAUCAAAUGAUCAUUUCAAUAAUCCAUCGUGUGUUGUUUCUGUAUCGUCUAUACUCAUAAUCCAUUAAAUGUUAACUUUCCAACUUCCCAAAAACUAGUCGCGGGUAUGCGAGAUGACCAGAAAUUGGAUUUAAUGACAUGAUUUAAUCUUUUUGGUCGACAAAGUAAAUUGGUAAUUCAGCAUGUGCCCAACUUUAACUUACUCUACCUUUAGUUAUUUAAGGACUAUUGUUCAUCUUGACUCUGGUAGUUCAUCUCACGGCCUCUACCAAUCCGAACGCCAGAUGCACAAUGACAUUAAUAAACGUGUUUAAAACAGA